CCAGCACGUGCCCGGAAGUGGCGGCUGAACGCGCGGAAGACCGAAAGUCCAAAAGGAGGGUGAGGGAGAGACCCAGGCCCAAGUCAGUGGUUAUCUUCCAUGGCUGGUAUGCAUUCCCUCCUCACCUCAGACUCUUUCCUUCACGACCCAGCCCUAGCCCUGCUUUCUGCAUGAAGUGUUUCCUGAUCCCACCUGCCAAAUCCCAGAACCAGAGCCAUCAUUUAUAACAAUUAAAAAGAGGAAAGAAAAUUGUACCAAAACUAAACCAAUACAUCAAGAAAGUGGAACAUUACUUACAGAUCCCCUAGGGGCACCAUUAUGAUUUGUUCCAUCUCUUGAGAACAUGGAGGAGGUCCCUGAGGACUCUGGCAAUGGGAUGGUUUUACCUUCUCAAGAGGACUCCAGUUCAUCACAGCAAUCACUUUUCAAGCCCAGCAAGAGGUCAAGGCCCUCAGUUCCAGUUGGGUCCCCCCAGAAGAAAAAGAAGAGAAAAAGUUCAUGGAGACGGCCAUCUGCAAGAGUUGGUUAUCACAUUCAUGAAGCUGAAGAUAUGCUGCUGAUUGUACCCAAUCUGGAAGAGUCAGCACCACGGGCCCACAGGAAAAAGGCCUGCCGUCUCAGGAAGUUGGCUCGAUCAAAGGUCUGCCAGCCAAAGUGUCGCCAGCCACGUCGAGUGGAGACUCCCAACAGUGAAGAUCUCAGCCUAGGGCAGGGGAGGCAGUCUCCUUCUCAGGACAGCACUACUUCAGGGCCAGGCUGGGGAGAUCACAUUCCUCUGGAGAUCUUGGUUCGAAUAUUCCAAGUGUUAGUAGCAUCUGAUGGGGCAGUGCCCUUCCUUUGCAGGGCUGCCCGUGUGUGCCGCCUGUGGUAUGAUGCUGCUUCCCACUCUGUGCUGUGGCAGAAGGUGUCUCUGGCCCCACCUUGGCCUCCUCGCUCAAAGGGUCCUCCUUCAAAGGUGGAAAAGAGAAUUCUCAGUUCUCUAGAGUGGCUGGUGCCCAACAGGUUUUCAUUACUCCGGGAGCUCUCUCUAUCCCACUGGAAAAACUAUGUACCUCUGAUGCUGAAGGCUGUCAGUGAGUCUUGUCCCCAUCUCACAUCUCUCAAGCUUUCCCACUGUCAGUCUGUAACAGCAGAGGCCUUGGUUACCCUGCCCAGGGCCUGCCCCCAGCUGGAUAGCCUCAACCUGCAGAACUCCCAGGUCGAGGCAGCAGCAGUACUUGGCUUUCUGGAGGCAGCGGGCAAACAACUCCGGCGGUUGUGGCUAACUUACAGUAGCCAAAUGACCUCCAUCAUCUCCUUGCUGUCGAAUGGUUGCUGCCCACAACUCCAGCUCCUUGAGGUGGACACAGGGAUAAAGCCCAAUAAUCAACACUUUCAGCUGCACAUUGAAGCUCUGCAGGCUGGCUGUCCCCAGCUCCAGGUCCUGCGGUUGCUGAACCUGGUCUGGUCCCCCAAAAUGGGAGGACGUGGAGUAGCCAUGGGUCCUGGAUUCCCAGACCUGGAGGAGCUCUGCCUGGCCACGUCCACCAUCACCUAUGUGAGUGACGAGGUCCUGUACCGCCUACUGCACAGAUCUCCUCGCCUGCGGGUGCUGGACCUCCGAGGCUGUGCCCGCCUCACACCUGCAGGCCUGUCCAGCUUGCCUUGCCUUGACCUAGAACAACUACACUUGGGUCUGUAUGGUUCAGUCAUUUGGGUGGCUCUGCCCAAGGAGGGAAGCCCCUUGAUCACGUGGAAGUGGCAUCGCACUCUCCAGGAGCUAGACCUGAAUGGCCAGUGCUACCACGAAGAGGACUUGAGGCGGGCCCUGGCAGCAUUUUCAAGCACUGGCAAUGGCUACAGCCCCAUCCUUCGCUCUCUCAGCCUCAAGGGCACCCAGGUUACUGUGGCAACUAUCAGCUCUGUGAUCAGCAGCUGCCCAGAUCUCAGCUACCUCAACCUGUCCUCAUGCCGAUACCUUCCUCGGGGCCUGAAAAAGGCCUACCGAGGACAGGCAGAGAUCCAGUGGUGCUUGGACCAGCUCCUUACCACCACCUAAGACCAGACUCAGCAGUUCCGCUGUCUCACUCACUACUCCUGCAUCCCUUCCUGGACGUUCUUCCUGUCUCUUCCCCUCCUCCCAUUUUAAAAAAUAUUAAAGAUUUUGUAAAAUUAAA